UCCUCUCACCUUCACUUGUCCUGCUUACUCUCAUCUGUGCCUGCUUGGUUUAUGGAAGGAGUUUACUACAUAGUUUAGAUUUUCUUGAGCAGUCAAUUAAUAAAUAAUUCUAAAAUUAAGAAAUACAGCCUUUCAAGAACUUCAAUUAUUACAAUCAGGAAGUAUUAAACACUGGAAACCAAAAUUGUAAUACUUUGGGGAAUAAGCCAGCAAUUUUGACCAGAGUAUAGAGAGAAAUGGAGAAGUCCAGCAACAACUAUCUGAACUGAUGAGAUUUAAAGGUGAAUGGGAACCUUGAGGUCAAUAAGUCUUAUUCCAUUAUUCUACAAAAGAAGAGACCCAGAAAAGGGAUAUGAUUUCUUUUUUGAUCAACAAGAAUACUUAACUUUAAACACAGAUGGAAUCCAUCAAACCAUAAUGAACAUGCUAGAGAGCAGGUGUGGAAAAUAUCUAUUUGAAACUUAAGAAGAGAAGAUUUCUCAAAAGGCCCAUCUGUGGCUGAGAAUGGCUCUUUUUGCUUUUCAUUUGUUUUUUGCAAACAGGUGAGGGGUCUGCAUAUGUGCUCCUGUUUUUUCAUGGGAAAAGGAUUAAGCACUAGAAGGGGUUCACUGUCUCUUCUAUGAGGAACUGAGAAGUUUCAUCAAUAGAGAAAGCAAGCCCAGGUAAUCUGAAAGAAAAGAAUGGAUUCAAAAGAAGGGAUGUUUGAUUCUGUGGUAUCCAAGGAAGAAAAUUCAUCUUUAAAGUUCACUUCAACCAGAAAAGUCAUAAAACAUAGCACACCUGUGGAUACUACACUGUCUAAGAGCUUGAUUUCCAUAGAAAGUAUAUCCUACCUAAAAGAAGCUGGAAGUGAAAGGGGGAAUCUUCUGGAGUCUCCCCUACCCCUAACACCAUUUCUAGAAUUAUCAACUCAUCCAGAAGCAAGAAGUGUCAAGCCGAUUGGUCAAAGGAAGAGACUUUCUACAGUUUCUGCUUCUGAGGACUCUAAUGCAGAGGUACAAAAUAGCUUGAAUUUCUCUUCAGACAAGCAGGGACAUCAACUUCCUGAUCCAGUAUCAAAGAAACGGAGUAAAAUGUCCUUCAGAAAAUGGCACUGUUAUGGAUUACCUGGGAUAAAGGACCCUGCUGAAAGAAAAGGCCGUAUGAAGAAGAAACAAGUGACAAACAAUAUGAAAGAAUGGGAACUUCGUCAACUCCAAAACAUUGAAGAAGCCACGCAUCAUGAAUUAAUUGUUGAAGCCACAUGAUGAUCUUUCAAGCAAGCCUUCAAAUGGAAUCUCUUUGAAACUUCCAUAAUUUCUCUCCACAUGAAGAUUUUAAAUGAAUGUUGUGUUCUGUUAUACCUGCACAAAUAAAUCUUGUUUUGUGGUGUAA